UUUAUGUGUGUACCUACAACUAUUUUUAUCUGAGGCUGUUUUUGAAUUAUUGAAAUACUUUUAACUAUGAAGUGAAAAAAACAAAGAAAAAUGUCUAGAAACAUUAAAAUACCCGUAAAAAAUGUUAAAUGGGUACAGUUCGGGAUAUUAUCCCCAGAUGAAUGUAGACGUAUGUCUGUAACAGAAGGAGGUAUCUGCUUUGCUGAAACAUUGGAAGGAGGUAAACCAAAACUUGGUGGUCUAAUGGAUCCACGACAAGGUGUCACAGAUCGAUUUUCUAGAUGUCAAACAUGUGCAGGUAAUAUGACUGAAUGUUGUGGUCAUUUUGGUCAUAUUGAACUUGCCAAACCCGUUUUUCAUGUUGGAUUUAUUUCUAAAAUUAUUAAAAUAUUACGGUGUGUGUGUUUCUAUUGCUCCAAACUUCUAGUUAGCCCUACACAUUCUAAAGUGAAAGAAAUUAUUAUGAAAACUAAAGGUCAACCAAAAAAAAGAUUACUAUUUAUUUAUGAUUUAUGUAAAGGAAAAAGUAUUUGCGAGGGAGGCAAUGAAUUGGAUAUAAAUAAAGAAAAUAUUAAUGAUCCAAUCAUAUCUCCUAAUACACCAAGCCAUGGUGGUUGUGGUCGCUAUCAACCAAACAUUCGACAAAUUGGUUUAGAUCUUACAGCCGAAUGGAAACAUAUCAAUGAAGAUUCUCAAGAGAAAAAAUUAUUUCUCACCACUGAACGUGUGCUUGAUAUUUUAAAACACAUAAAUGACGAAGAAGUAGUUAUUUUGGGUAUGGACCCUAAAUUUGCUCGUCCUGACUGGAUGAUUAUUACUGUAUUACCAGUUCCACCUUUAUCUGUCCGACCAGCAAUUGUGAUGCAUGGAACUACAAGAAAUCAAGACGAUUUAACUUACAAGCUUGCCGACAUAGUAAAAUGCAAUAAUGAAAUAAUUCAUUUUGAGCAAACCGGUACUUCUAACCAUCUAUUAACAGAUAAUAUUAAAAUGCUGCAGUAUCAUGUAGCUACACUAAUGGAUAAUGAUUUACCUGGACUACCUAGAGCUAUUCAAAAAUCUGGAAAACCAUUGAAAGCAUUGAAAGCUCGUUUAAAGGGCAAAGAAGGAAGAGUUAGAGGAAAUUUGAUGGGAAAACGUGUUGAUUUUUCUGCUCGUACAGUUAUAACACCUGAUCCAAAUUUGCGUAUAGAUGAAGUUGGAAUUCCUCGUUCAAUUGCUCAAAAUUUGACAUUUCCUGAAAUUGUCACGCCAUUUAAUAUUGAUCAGAUGCUUGAACUAGUUCGACGUGGUAAUUCUCAAUAUCCUGGUGCUAAAUAUAUAAUACGAGACAAUGAAGAAAGAAUUGAUUUGCGUUUUCACCCUCGACCUUCAGAUAUACAUUUACAAUGUGGCUAUAAAGUUGAAAGACAUAUUAGGGAUGGUGAUUUAGUAAUUUUUAAUAGACAACCUACAUUGCAUAAGAUGAGUAUGAUGGGUCAUCAUGUACGAGUUUUACCUUGGUCUACUUUUCGAAUGAAUUUAAGUUGUACCUCACCAUAUAAUGCUGAUUUUGAUGGUGAUGAGAUGAAUCUCCAUGUACCACAAUCCAUGGAAACAAGAGCUGAAGUAGAAAAUAUUCAUAUUACUUCCAGGCAAAUUAUUACACCUCAAUCUAAUAAGCCUGUUAUGGGGAUUGUUCAAGACACACUAACAGCAAUUAGAAAAAUGACUAAAAGAGAUGUUUUUCUUGAAAAGGAACAAAUGAUGAAUUUAUUAAUGCAUUUACCGAUUUGGGAUGGAAAAAUGCCUACUCCUUGUAUUUUAAAGCCUAAACCCAUGUGGACUGGAAAACAAUUGUUUUCUUUAAUUAUUCCUGGUAAUGUUAAUUUAAUACGUACACAUUCUACUCAUCCAGAUGAUGAAGAUAGUAGUCCAUAUAAAUGGAUAUCUCCUGGAGAUACAAAGGUAAUGGUUGAACAUGGUGAAUUAGUAAUGGGAAUAUUAUGUAAAAGAACAUUGGGUACUUCAGCUGGUUCAUUACUUCAUAUAUGUAUGUUAGAAUUAGGACAUGAAGUAUGUGGUGAAUUUUAUGGUAACAUACAAACUGUUGUUAAUAGCUGGCUUUUAUAUGAAGGGCAUUCAAUUGGUAUUGGUGACACAAUUGCUGAUCCCCAGACUUAUUUAGAGAUUCAAAAAGCUAUUAAGAAAGCAAAAGAAGAUGUGAUUAGAGUGAUACAAAAAGCUCAUAACAUGAAUCUUGAGUCUACACCUGGUAACACAUUACGUCAGACUUUUGAAAAUCAUGUAAAUAGAAUUCUUAAUGAUGCUCGUGAUAAAACUGGAGGCUCUGCUAAAAAAUCCUUAACUGAGUAUAAUAACCUUAAAGCUAUGGUUGUAGCAGGAUCUAAAGGAUCUAAUAUUAACAUUUCUCAGGUUAUUGCCUGUGUAGGACAACAAAACGUAGAAGGCAAACGUAUUCCAUUUGGUUUUCGUAAACGUACCUUACCUCAUUUCAUUAAAGAUGAUUAUGGACCAGAAUCUAGAGGUUUUGUUGAAAAUUCAUACCUUGCUGGACUUACACCUUCAGAAUUUUUUUUUCAUGCUAUGGGAGGUCGUGAAGGUUUGAUUGAUACUGCUGUAAAAACUGCUGAAACGGGCUAUAUUCAACGACGAUUAAUGAAAGCUAUGGAGUCUGUGAUGGUACAUUAUGAUGGAACAGUACGUAAUUCGAUUGGUCAGCUAAUUCAGUUACGUUAUGGUGAAGAUGGAUUAUGUGGUGAGGCAGUAGAAUUUCAAAGUAUUGCUACAAUUGAGCCAUCUCAUGAAAAUUUUGAAAAAGAAUUUAAAUUUAAUAUUUCCAAUGAGAAAAAAUUACAAAAAACAUUUACAGAAGAUGUGUUAAAAGAUUUGCUAGGUAGCAAUGUUACAGUAGCUGAAUUAGAAAAUGAGUGGGAACAAUUAGUUCAGGAUAGAAAUACACUUAGAGAAAUUUUCCCAUCUGGUGAAAGCAAUGUGGUAUUGCCUUGUAAUUUAAAACGAAUGAUAUGGAAUGUUCAAAAAAUUUUUCACAUUAAUAAGCGAACACAAACAGAUUUAAAUCCUGUUAAUGUUGUGCAAGGAGUGAGAGAAUUAUUAGACAAAUGUGUUAUUGUAGCUGGACAAGAUGAGUUAAGUAAACAGGCUAAUCAAAAUGCUACUUUAUUAUUCCAAUGUCUAGUACGUUCUACCUUGUGUACUAAACUAGUAUCAGAAAAAUUUCGUUUAUCCUCUGAGGCAUUUGAAUGGUUGAUUGGAGAGAUUGAAACUAGAUUUAAGCAAGCACAGGUUGCUCCUGGAGAGAUGGUGGGAGCUUUGGCUGCUCAGAGUUUGGGAGAACCAGCUACUCAAAUGACAUUGAACACAUUUCAUUUUGCUGGUGUUUCUUCCAAAAAUGUAACUCUUGGAGUACCUAGAUUAAAAGAAAUAAUUAAUAUAAGUAAAAAACCAAAAGCUCCUUCACUGACUGUGUUCUUGAAAGGUCGAGCUGCUAGAGAUGCUGAAAAAGCAAAAGUUGUUUUGUGUCGCCUAGAGCACACAACAUUAAGAAAAGUUACAGCAAACACUUCUAUUUAUUAUGAUCCUGAUCCCCUAAAUACAAUUAUAAGAGAAGAUCAAGAGUUUGUUAAUGUUUAUUAUGAAAUGCCUGAUUUUGACCCUUCUAGGAUAUCACCUUGGUUACUACGAGUGGAAUUGGAUCGUAAAAGAAUGACUGAUAAAAAAUUAACUAUGGAGGCAAUAUCUGAAAAAAUUAAUGCUGGAUUUGGUGAUGAUCUUAAUUGUAUAUUCAAUGAUGAUAAUGCUGAAAAAUUAAUUUUACGUAUACGUAUAAUGAAUGGUAUUGAUGGAAAAAUUAAUGGUUGUGACAAUGAUAAUGCAAUUGAUAAAAUGGAUGAUGUCCUUUUUCUCAGAUGUAUUGAAGCUAAUAUAUUAUCGGAUAUGACUUUGCAAGGUAUUGAGGCCAUAUCAAAAGUUUAUAUGCAUCUGCCGCAAACUGAUGCUAAAAAAAGAUUUAUUAUUACUGAAAAUGGAGACUUUAAAGCAAUUGGUGAUUGGCUUCUUGAAACUGAUGGCACAAGUUUAAUGAAAGUAUUGAGUGAUGAAGAAGUUGAUUCCGUUAGAACAUUUUCUAAUGAUAUUUGUGAAAUAUUUUCUGUACUUGGUAUUGAAGCUGUACGAAAAUCAGUUGAAAAAGAAAUGAACACUGUAUUACAGUUUUAUGGUCUGUAUGUGAAUUAUCGACAUUUAGCUUUAUUGUGUGACGUUAUGACAGCUAAAGGACAUUUGAUGGCCAUCACACGUCAUGGUAUUAAUAGACAAGACACUGGUGCAUUGAUGAGGUGUUCAUUUGAAGAAACUGUUGAUGUCUUAUUGGAAGCUGCUUCACAUUCUGAGGUUGAUCCAAUGAAUGGUGUUUCAGAAAAUAUUUUAAUGGGCCAACUACCAAGAAUGGGAACAGGCUGUUUUGAUUUAAUAUUGGAUCCUGAACAAGUAAAAGAUGGUAUUGAAAUAUCUGCUGAUGCUACUUGUAUGGACAUAAAUAGUGGUAGUAUAUUUGCAGCUAAUGGUGCUCAUUUAUCCACAAUAAUGACACCAUGGAACCAAUAUACAGUAACUCCUGAACAUCCAAAUAACUGGUUAUCAAGUUUAACUCCUGGUGGUCCUGGUUUCUCUCCAGCUGGGUCAAAUGAUAUUAAUGGUACUUCUCCUAUUUGGAUGACUAGUGGAGAACCACUGGGUUACAUUGAAUCACCAUGUAUUAACUCAAGCCUUUACUUUACAAGUCAGAGUUGUGUAUCACCAAAUUAUACAUACUCUUUAAGUCCUCAAUUUGACUAUAUAUCGCCAUCGCUUCAAAACUCACCAAAAUAUUCCCCAAUAUCUCCUAAUUAUUCUCCAACAAGUCCUUUAUAUUCUCCUACCAGUCCAUCUUAUUCUUUCAAUUCAUUUACACAGACCAGUCCUUCGUACAGGCCUACAUCUCCAUCAUAUAAUCUGAAAUCACCAUUCUACAGCACUACAUCACCUAAAUAUAGUCCAACGUCACCUAAAUACAGUCCAACAUCACCUAAUUACAGUCCUACAUCGCCUUCAUAUAGUCCAACGUCACCUAACUAUAGUCCUACAUCGCCAUCAUAUAGUCCAACGUCACCUAAUUACAGUCCUACGUCACCUUCAUAUAAUACGUCACCUAACUACAGUCCUACAUCGCCUUCAUAUAGUACAUCACCUUUUUACAGUCCAACGUCACCUUCUUUUAAUCCUACUUCACCUUCUUAUAGUCCUACAUCGCCUAAUUAUAAUUCUACAUCGCCUUCAUACAGUCCAACGUCACCUUAUAGUCCAACAUCACCUUCUUAUAAUCCUACGUCACCUUCAUACAGUCCGACUUCACCUUCCUAUAAUCCUACAUCACCUUCGUUUCAUCCAACAAGUCCAUCAUAUAGCCCAACUUCUCCAUCAUAUAGCCCAACUUCUCCAUCAUAUAGCCCAACUUCUCCAUCAUAUAGCCCAACUUCUCCAUCAUAUAGUCCAACAUCACCAUCGUACAGCCCAACUUCGCCGUCGUAUAGUGCAACAUCGCCUUCAUACAGCCUGAGCUCUCCUCAGUAUAUAGCUUCUCCAUCUUACACACCAAGUGGUAUAACAAGUCCUGAUAGUUACUCUCCAUCAUCUCCUUCGUUGGCUGUUAGUCCUGUAUAUUCUCCAACCAGCCCAACAUAUUGCCUUACUAGUCCAGUAUAUACCCCAUCGAAUACUUCAUAUAGUCCAUCAUCUCUUCCGAAUGUACCUUUGAUAAACAAUCAAUAUAAUCGGUUAUAUUGUCCUACCUCUCCAGUUUAUUCUCCGUCUUGUUAUUUAGUUUCAAGUCCAAGGUAUUCAUCAUUAUACUCGCCAACUUCGCUGAGAUAUUCAUCUUCAUCUCCAAAUUACAGCGGUCCUGAAUGAAUAUCAAAUGCUACAAAAAUAAUUUAUUUAUAUUUAAUAACAAAUGAAAUUUAUAGUUGUAAUAAAUUGUAAUGAAAAUCAAAUUUAAAAUGUAAACAAAAUUCGAGAACUAUAUUAAAAAAUUUAGUUUUGUCUAUAGUCUAAACAUUUUUCUUUUUCUUUACUGAUUAUUAUUAUUAUUUACUGCUAAUUUUUAACAAAAAACUAAGAAAGUGUC